CCUCGAAUGCAUGCGCCCGAAAGCCAUGCUGUGAAUCACGACAUUGUUCGAAACUCCUCGGACUUCAUCGACGAGAGGUUACGAAAUUACAAUAAUGGCCGCCUUUACACACUGUUUGGAUUUCGCGAAAGAACAACUUGGAAUUGCGUUUGAGUUGAAAGAGAAGCAAAUUGAGACAUUGAAAUGUGCAUACGAAUUGAGAGACUGCAUAGCAGUUUUACCAACUGGUUAUGGUAAAAGCCUGAUUUUUCAGCUAUUGCCUUUCUUCAUGCAGAAAAAGCACGGUAUGGAAAGCCCGAUGAUCACUUUGGUUGUGACACCAUUGAAUUCCAUCAUGGAAGAUCAGGUGAUGAGUCUCCAGAGAGUGGGAAUUCAAGCUUGUUUUCUUGAUUACGAUGGCAAAAAGGGGACACGAUAUACAUUUGACACGCAUGAUAGUGGUGAUGAGGAAGCGGAAGGAGAAGACCAGGAUCAAGAUGAUACUGUUGUUGCCAAAGACGUGGACAUCAAUGAUGUGAUGAAGGGGAAAUAUCAGCUAGUUUAUGCCCACCCCGAGACACUUACGAAGAGCAAGAGAGUGGCCAGCAUGUUGAGGUCGAAAACAUACCAGGACAGGACAGGCGCAAUUGUUAUUGAUGAAGUUCACAUGGUUACAGAAUGGGGUGAAGGAUUUAGACCUGCAUUUAAGGAGUUAGGAGAGCUGACCUGCAUACUUCCCCAUGUAGCGCAUCUGGCAUUAACAGCAACAUCAACUGAUUUGAGAAUUUCAACUCUAUGUGGUAUUCUGAUGUACAAGGACCCUGCUGUGGUAAAGAUGAACCCGGAUCGACCAAAUAUUUACCUAUGUGUUCAAUCAAGGCUCCCGAAUAACAGGAAAUAUGAGAAAUAUGACGAAAUUCUGAAACCGGUGAUAACAGAACUGAAGCAGAAGCUAGAGAAAUUCCCUUUAACUAUUAUGUAUGUGGAAAGCUUAGAGGCCCUUGGAUAUUUCUACAGAUUCAGUUCGCACCACCUAGGGGAAAACCAGUAUUCACCAGUUGGAAGUGCAUCACCAGAGAAUAGAAUCAUUGCACAAUACCACAAGGAUUAUACGAAAGACAUGAAACAGUUAAUUGUGAGUGAACUUGGGAAAGAUUGUCCUAAAAUUAGACUGGUUUUUGCAACCGUUGCCUUAGGAAUGGGGUUGAAUGCUCCUUCAAUUGAAAGAAUAGUUCACUGCAGACCACCUACAACCCUUGAAAACUAUUUCCAGGAGAUAGGCAGAGCAGGCAGGAAGGGCCAGUCAGCUGAAGCAAUACUUCAUUUCAAUAAUAAUGACCUGGCAAAAUCUAGGAAAGGAUUGACCCAAGAAAUGAUCGAUUUCUGUCGAAAUAACACCACAUGUCUGAGGCGACAGCUUGUAAAAUACUUUGGGUAUGAUGAUGUUUUGUGUAAUGACAAGAUCAACUGCUGCAGUAACUGUAGAUGGAGUUAGACAGCAUUAACACAGUGUUUUUUGGUUAAUGUUCAAUCAACGAAAUGAAUGAUUUCAUCUAGAUUUGUUAUGGAGGACACAAUCUUUCGAUAUCUAAUAGACAUGUGCACUAUCCUUUGAUAUUUAGUUGAUGGUGAAAGCAGCCAUUGGUAACUUAUUGGCGGAGGACACUAUCUUGGGUACAUACAAUGUACUUGAUGUAGAAAAAGUACAUAUAUGAUAAAAAGGUUUUGUAAGAAGUUAUUAAAAGUAAAAAAGUCCCACAAAUAUUGUUACAUGAACUGGGCCUGGAUAGGAGACAAUUAGAAAGUACAGAAGGUAAAGAUAUUGGUUCAGAGUACUAGUUGUGUACUUAGAAUUGCAUUGUUUCAAAUUGUUGAUUUUUUAAUUUGACAUGUUGUGUAAAUAGAAAUGCCUUUUAUUACUGAGCCAACUGUGCAUGUGUAAGAAAUGAUUUUUAAAAGACCUAGGUUUUGGUGAGGUAUGGUUGAACCUCUAUUGUGUUCAGAAUCAAAAACUAUUCUCGUUGGAAUGAAAAUCGAGAAUUUUUUUAUCAAAUUGUGAAGAAAAAAAAUUGAUCUUCGUCAGAAAUUUAACAUACUGAAUGCUUUUUGUAUUUAUAUAAACAUGUCCUUGAACAAUUUUUUCCUCUCCGUUUUCAUCUUUCAGUUAACGUUUAUUCUAGUUAAUUAAAUAUAUGUCUACAUGUUGUAUACAUAUAGAAUUGGGUGAUUGUAAUAAAUGUAGCACCAGAGAGAUGGAAGAUGAAUUCCAAAUUCUUUGAGCAAGACAAGAUAUACAGUGUAUAUAAAUACUGUUAGAAAAAUUCCUUUGUCAGCAGCUUCAUGUAUGCAAUCGAAUAUAUCCCACAGUGAUGACACAUAUACUGAAUGAUGAUAGACACUAUUUGAUGAUGAUGAUGGCAUUGUUGUUUUGUCACUUUGUGCGCUAUUUAUCUGUCCCUGUAUUAUUUUGAAUAUAUAUGUCUAAAUCUGAUGUUAAAUGUCAAAGAAAACUAAUGUUAAAUGUCAAAGAUACUGAAUUACUAUGUGCACUCAGUAAUUUCAUUUAUUAAGGUGAUAAACUAUAUAAGAACUGCAUUAUUUUGAUAUCAAAUGCAUACUCUUACUGUCGGAUAUAUAUAUUCAUACUGUAUUGAUAUACAAUGUCUGUUACAGGAGAAAAAAAUCUUUACAUUGUACUGCAUAUUAUUUGUAGUUUUGUAAUGAUGGGGCCGAAAGUUUGAAUUGAAUUUGAAACAUAAUAAAUUAUCAGUAAAUGUUUGAAUGUAACCGUGAUCUGAUCAUGAUUGCCUUUUUAAUAGUCACCAUGUUAGGGCUCAUGUGAAUUUUACAGUAUAUUAAACCAAUAUUUUCCCACAUCAAAUGUACAUUUCAUCUGGUAGCAUCCAUAUAAGGAAAUGGUUGGUCACUGAAAAACUUGAAAGGCCAUAGGAUUUCAAUAUCUGUAAAUGAGUUGUCUGUUGAAGAUAAAAAAUACUUUCAAAUCCUGAACAUUUUUAUACACCAUUCACUCAUGCAUGGUUAUACAUAUAUGUAAAAUAAAAGCAAUUACAACCUC